AUGAUAUUGCGACGCAGUCUGUGCGACAAUACACAAAGCUGCCGGCCACACAGUCCUUAUACUAACGGACGAAAUUUUAUUCCAUCAGAAAUUGUUAUAAGUAUUUUUUUGCUGGUAAUAAUUUUACAAAUUACUUUACCUUAGAUCUCAGGUAAAUAUUUUCCAAGCUUUCGUCAAGAAUAAAGUGGAGUACAUCUCGUUUUUAUGUGUUGUAAGACUGGAGGGACGUUUUAUAGGUGCUCAUUGCGUUGGUGAACAUUCCGGCCGACCGGGUAGAUAGCCUGAUGGGAUAGGCAUUGGUGUACGGUGCUGAUUUAGAAUAUGUAUAGGAUUGGACGACCAGAAAUAAAGGCGUAUCAGUGACGACUUGGCUUCUUGUUCUGCCGUUUUUCGUCUUUUUCUCCUGGAGCAGCUCUAGCUCACUUACUCUUUAUAGACCAUCGGUCAUCGAGCUUCGUGCCAGACCACGGUGUCAGUCAUCAGUAUCUGUCCCUCACAAUGAGAAGGGGUGUUGGAGUUGGUGCAAUUAAAAACAGAUCAAUUGCCCAAUCGCGCUUCAAGGAGAAGAAGAAUGAGAUGGAGGAAUUUGAAGCAGCGGUCUUGUCGAGACAGUUGGAGGAAUUAAAAUCCUCACUGGAGGAGUUUGCUUCUAAAUACCAAUCGAAAAUUCGACAAGAUAAGCAGUUUCGAGCCCAGUUUCAGUCAAUGUGCGCGAACAUUGGCGUCGACCCUCUGGCCUCGAGCAAUGGAUACUGGUCAAAGAUCCUUGGAAUUGGCGAUUUUUAUUACCAUUUGGGCGUUCGCAUUAUUGAGGUGAGUUGUAGUCCUCGUGUCAGUCACCGAGAUUCUCUUGAUAGAUUUUCACUAUUGUUUUACGUUUAGAUACGUUUGACCAGUAGGCCAUUUUCCCUCACACGCAAUGUAAUCAGAAUCGUUUGGAUCUGCGUGCUCAAACAGCUAGCGGACUAGCUUGUCAAUGGUUUUGACGGAUUAAAUCAGGCUGUAGAAUCCUUCUGAGAUCUCAAUCCUGAAACCACGUUCAGUUUGACCAAAUCAGGCUAUGACAUCCCAGCGAAGUCGUUCAUUAUAGUUAAAACUGUUACAGCUAUCUUGACUCAGGUGGUAUUGUUGGAUAUUUUAACAGAUUCGUGCCUUUAACCGCUCCAUAAGGACCAGGACAAAACAGUUCGAAAGGCUUUACACCAAGCCUUAACCUUUUUGCUAGGUUGUUCUGUUUUACAGCUGUCUCAAGGAAAUACCAUCACUGAGUUAACCUACCUGAUCUGCAUGGGCUUUGCUCUUCGUUGUGAGUAGCAGUACAAUCGGUCAAUGAAUACUGGCACUUUUCCAGACGGUUAGCAUAGUCUUGAACGUGUUUAGAACUGCUUAGUUGCAUUAGUAGGUGAAACAGCGUUAAAAAUGACUGACCCCUACUACAGAAUUACUGGUAAACUUAGGGAGCACACAAACCGACGGUCACUUUACCCUGCCACCCACACAGCAUGGAAUGUGUAUAGAGGUUGUAGGCAACGAUAGCAGGAAGCGGCACUCCUAAGUGUCUUCUCUUUUUUUUAAAAAAAUGUGCCCUAUUUUCAUUCUCCAAGGAACGAAUGUGUGAUGUCAUAUCCGAACCCGUUUGCAAGCAGACACUCUUUUAUAUUGCCCCAAGGAGACGCAUUACCCGUCUUCUUCCUGCUCCGAUCGCGUUUACUCGUGCGGCUACCACGAGGAAGGGGACUUUUGAGUCAAAUAAGAGGAUUUAACUGACAGCUCACAGAAUACUUAUUAACUUUUAAAUCUAUUGAGUUUCGAUUGAUCUCGGUUCAAUACCCAGAUGCUGACCUUAAUACUCGGAAGUGCCAGUUUGCAAACUUAAGUUUUUUCCUUGGCUAAAACCGAAAGUUCCAGUGGAUCUACACAGUGGCAGUGCAGGUUUUCUACCUUGCUCUUCCUUGAAAAGUUACAGUCAUCGUCUAUCCCAUAGCAACAUACACCGCAGAAUCGAAUUGCGUGGAGCGGUGGUAAGGUUUAAUGUGUCCGAGCAUUUCUCUCAUUUACUUUUCUACAUAUUGCUGUUUGACGUCAGCCCCCCAACCCCAAGCGUCGCACUCUAUGAACUAUUUGUCUAGCAAAAGACCUGAUCCGGCUAAUAGGAGGGAGAACGCUGUGGUGUACGUAGGCAGGGGCUCCAUACAGGUCGGCCACUGCACUCAGUCUCAUUGCCAGCCGUCUUGACUAAACCUGGCCACUGGAUCAUUUUAACGCAAUUUCCACGCAGUUUGCUGUCAUCAAGUCUCUUCUAACAGCUGCGCCACUUCUGCCUCAAUAUCAACCGUCUGCUCUGCGGAGAAGUCGACAUGGAACCUCGUAAAUGGACGAAACAUAUUCGGCUCAUUUUCCCACUAAGUCAAAGUCGUGACACAUGGCAAGACUUGGCAGCCGUCUAAAAUAUCUGACCAACUCUAGCCAAACUGAGGAAAUUGCAGUGAGCAGGACUGGUCACUUUAGCAUGGUACCUGUAAUGUGCGAACUGUUGAAAACGUUGGAAUCUUGGAGUGUCCCAGCUGCUGAGAAAAGCCUCGGUCGACGGCAUAUAGCGGUUCGACUAAGUCUACUUACAGCGCCACAAUCAGGCCAUGUCCCCAUCAGAGAGAUAAGAUGGAAGGAGCCGAAAUGAGAGGUUUAUUGUGUAUAUAAUUCUGACUUCCUGUCUCAGAGUUAUGGGCUAAAAGCCCUCUCAGGAAUAGCGGUUAUAGUCUCCCUUGUCAAAAACAUUUUUUGCUAUUGACUAACUAUCGUCACGCACAUGAAAUAGACAAAGGCUAGAAGAAGGAUGGUCUAGCACCAUAACAUUUUGUUUAUUGUUCUGAGCUUUCGAACUUGUAUAGGAGCCGAUCGUCAGAGAUAGUAGCAGCAACAGAAAAAGCGACAAUUAUAGGGUGUGUAAGCCAAUCAUCGACCGACGGCGCAAGACUGGAGGUGACUGCGCAUGGCUCCGAUGUUCAGGUGCUCGACCAUCCUUCUUCUUCACUUAUGCUUACACCUGGAACUCGAGCUUUCACCUUCUUUUGACAAAAACUAGAGUAAAGAUUCUAGCAAGGAGGAAAGGGGAAUCGACUAAACGACGCACCAGGGGCAAAAGGGGCCUUCAGCCACAAGCGAGAUAAGUUUUUUUAAAAUCAGGAAGUGCUUUAGGUUUUCCACAAUCAUUGCUUUAGGAAUCUCCUAUUUUAACUUUGGUGCUCCGAGACCCUUGUCAAGAGUGCGGAGACAACUUUGCAAACCACCACUUCGAUGUUUUUUGUGGCAAACUAGAAACCCUCUUCAUUCUCGGGGGCACACUGCCGUAGUCCAAAGCCUCGGCAAUAUAAGGACUUUCAUAUUCCUCACUCACGCCAGACUACGUCAAGACGACCGGAUGUGAGCUCGGGCGUGGUGGCUGUUAAGGCUUAACGGCCUGUCUACGCGUGUGGCAGACGACUUGUUCCUCGCAACAUGUGCCUGGCCUUCGUGAGAGUGGCUUGAAUCUCACAUGCGUGAGAAUGCCAAAGAAGCCACAUUAGGAGGGAUUCCUUGCACCCUGAUUCGCAGCCCUGAGAGGCACCGAGUUACCCCGUCAGCUAACGACCAAGCCAUGACUUAGUGUGUCGUGAUACAUUUAAGCGCAUCAGAUUUAUUAUGAUGAAGGAUGCGCUGAUAUGCCAUGGGGGUGGGUUCGCAGUGUCGGUCUCACCCCCUCUUCCUCCUCAUUCAUCAGUAGAUCGUCAGAUCUUGUCAACCAACUAGUGUUUGGAUAAAGUACAGUAGCUGAAGCGGCGUGAAGGCAUACGUCUAGGCGUGCCACCACAUCUCGCCUAUGUACGGCAGUAUUUAUGGGCUCGCGCGUACUCCGCGCAGCCUGACUGGCGCGUACCAUGAGACAAUCUGGCUCCUCUUCCGGUCCGACUCAUUUAAAGCGCGGCCCAUUGUGGGAGGCAAGAACCCCACGCACACUCAGGAGAGAAAGCGUGUCCUUUACGUCGGCUAUUUAUAUAUUCGUGCUGGAGAUUGUGUACGUGCCGAAUGGCUCACCCCAGAACCCGGAUUCGCAAGCGCUAGACCUAUUAAUCCACACAUCCCAACUCCACAGUCUCUACUAACUUUGGCAGGGUUGUGGGAGUCGGAAGGACAUCAAUGGAGCCACAACGACCAGAACGAGGUGAUAACAUCACCCCUGCAACUACUAUUCGGCACAGUCAGGCCAUUGUUGUUGAUACUGUCACAGUGGACACAACCCCGAUCGCCAACAGUUGGGGCAGCCGCCAGGAAACUUCCACAACAGGCGUGAUGGACAAUCUUAGCUAUUCUUUAAAUUGCUGCUACACGAUGUACGCGCAGCUCACGGCAGUGGACAUGAAGCCCCACUAUUUGAUACGUCUGAGGGGGAAUAAACAUAUUCUUACGGCGUCAUGCGUCUGCCUAACCACUUAGGACUGUUAGUUUUAUUCAAGGAAGACCGCCUGGAGGCGACAGCGUACAGGAGCCUUAGGCGGUGCAGUACACAGAAAAUUCGCAGCACUUUCUCAUUCGGACGACUACGCGGUAGCGUCCUAAUUAUAUGGUUCGAGUUGUCCGCACCACUCGCCAGUACGGAGGGAACUUUCGAAGGCGGAAUAUUAUGGGCCCACCAUACUUAGACGUGGAAUGAGGAGGUUGAGUCAAAGAAUCCGCCCUGGGAAAAGUAAUUCCCAAAAUCUGUCGCGACCAAACAAAAAAUACUUCAAGUAGACCUGUUAUGUGUUGUCGCGGACGCGCGGCAAUGGUAGAUGGGUCCUACGUGAAAGGCCAGUUCUCGUUAAACCCGUCACUGGUACACAUUUUAAGGGACGGGUCCUUGUGAAGGAUGAUAACCGCAUAGACAACGAGCUACUUUGACUGUUUCCCCAUGACUUGGAUCCACUGGGAGUUGUAAUUCUUGCCCAACAACCUGACUGCCGGCGUGGCUACUCGGGGGGACAGCAUCUUGAGAGCCGAUUUUAGCAGAGGCUGGCGCCCCAUCAUUAUCCACAACAGAAACUAAGCUCCGAUAAUUUGCGACGCUGAGAAGGCUGUUUGCAGGCACCAUAGUUUUGUUCACCCGAUAUUGAUCUCUUGCUACGUUCGUGUUAUUUAGGGCCAAUCUCAUCUAGACCCCUUGUGUAAAUAGACGUCUAGAAUCUUUCCAGCCCUCAGUUCGUUUCUUUGGUAGAAAACACGAGUCACCACUUGAAGCUAUUCUUUUCCCCACAAUAAUUAACACUUCUUAUAUACCCUGAGUUUAGGUUUGCAUGGCGAACCAGCGGCAGACAGGCGGUCUCAUGCCACUCUCUGAGCUCAUCGAAGUUGUGAACAAGACGAGGAGCUCACGGCAGGCUGAAGCCAGUCAGGAUGAUGUAGUCAGGGCAAUCAAGAAGUUGCGUUGCCUGGGCAGCGGGUUCACACUGAUUGAUUUACCUGGUUCUGGACAACUUGUUCAGUCAGUCCCCGGCGAAAUGAGCAUGGAUCAGACCAAGGUACUCGGCCUUGCCGAGUCCAACGGUGGCAGUGUCUCCGUACAUAGAUGUGUUAAGCAGUAAGUUUUAGAAAACCCAUAAACUCUACUACAUGUACGUUAUGUUUCAUCGGGCCUAAUUUUCAACAAGACAGUAUUCGAUCAUUGACUUAUCUCAUGAACUGUUAACCGAAAUUCUGAAAUGCGUAUGCUAUUAGGAAGGAUUACUUAAGUGGGGUUGUUAUAUUGAUUGUCUUGGUAUUUAAAUACGCCUCUUUCUGGGCGGCUGCAAUUACCACACUCGGUAAUAAACGACUACUUAAGUGGUAUGCAUUUCUUCUACUGAAUUUCAAUACCUUUGUAAAUUCAGAUACAUUUUGUAACAAACAUGCAUAAAAUACUUUUUCAUGUACUCAUUUGAUAACAGACCACGUCUUCUUUAGAUUUCUUACUCGAAGAAAGGGUAUCUUUCUGUCUUAAAAAGUUUUUCAGACCCAGAAAAAUUUUGAGCCAGAUAUGCCGUUGCACUUGCGUUUAAGGUCUUUAGUCUACUAGCUGCAUACUUUCCAUGUAAGGAAAAACAUGCACUCCUCUGUGCUAUUAAGCAGAAACUAUAUGUGGUUCAUAAAAUUUUGCAACUUAUGUGGACUUUAUUGUAUGCUUAAUCAGAUCAGAUCAGAUUAGAUUUAUUAAGGGAAAGGUAGGCGAGCGCCUUUGAACUCCCUUUUGGUUACAAUAACGUCAUAAUGAGGAACACUAUUAGACAGACAGAUAAGAGGCUAUUUAAAUGGACAUUCUACGAUCUUAAAAAUCUCAUAAUUAUAAACUUUUUUUAAAACCGAGGGAUACCCUUCCUUCGGGUAUCAACUUUAAAGAAGGCAUGAUUAGCUAUUAAAGGAGUGCAAGAAAGAAUAUUUUUACGCGUGUUAGGACGGCCCAUCCGCACCGUUCCUGUCGUCCGGCGGUCAUGCCUGACAAAGAGCCGAAAACCCGCAAAUCAGUCUCGCCAAGCAAGCCCGCGUGCGAGCCAGCAAUUAGCACACGGCUGAGUUGCGCGCGACCUUCAGGGGGUCACCAACACGCGAGAGUCUGCCCAUGCGGGCGCACAGGCCUGUACCAGUAGGAACACGCAAAGCAGACAUGAGCAGACCCCCUAAAUAUGAAGCCACGGGCAGAAGGAUUGAGAGUUGAGGUACACAGGGUAACCGUCACAGUAAAGCUGUUCUCUGCUAUCCUGCCUGUCUUCUAUUCCGCAGAGAACUGGCGUCGUACUGCUGAGCGAUAUAACAAUGUGUUUUCUGCAAAAUAUAUCUGAAUUUAUAAGGGCGCCUAAAUUCAGUAGAAAGGUGCGUUCUACUUAAGUAGUCAGUUCUAUCAUGCUCGUUAACCUUAGGCGGCCGGAAAAAGGUGCAUUUAAAUGCCAACAUCCUGGAGUGUCUGGAAUAUUACAACAUUAUGCCUCAGGAUGAUCAACAUUACAACCCCACCUAAGUAAUCUUUCCUAAUUGGAUACAGAUUUCAGAAUUUCGAUUUACAUUUCCUGAGAUUCGUCGCUGAUUAUAUUCGAAACACAAUAGAAAGGCGGCCUAGUUGUACAGUACGGGAUACUAUAUCUAUUUCCUGGAUUUAUUUGAUGCAGAAAACACUGGAAGAAGCAGCUGUGUUACAGAAAACACAAACGAACCUCAGCGUUGCACCAUAUGAACGGCGCAGUCCUCCACUGCGCGGCCAGUCAGUAGGCGUUUUUGUCUGUACAUACACAGACGCAACUUCUUUUUGGUGCACUUUUCGAAACCUAUCGUUUCUCUUAGAUUUUUCUCCAAUCUGAAGGGCAUGUAGCGCAGACAACCCACUUUGACAUCGUUCGCUCACCGAGACCCGUUAAAUCUUCCUCCACCGCUACUUCAACGAUCAGGCGGAGUUUCUGUCAUACCUAGCCGACCGAUGUUAUUGCAUCCCCGCUUGUUUCCCGAAAGAGCACGACCGACAACUUAUGAGGCAUUUUAAUGCUUAUCAAUUUCAGGUUCAGUUGGACUGAAGAGCGGGCUCUGGCGGCACUGAACUAUUUGCUCCAGGAAGGUAUGGCUUGGAUCGAUGAUGACAAUGGAUCUGGGAGUAACACCUACUGGUUUCCCAGUCUAUUUAAAGUUACAUCCAAAUGA